UCCUGUGUUUUAAGGAAAAUUUAUUAUUUGUAAGAAAACUAGUGCUAGAUAUUUCUGUGAAUGGAAAAGUGAAUUAAUCUUUGUGAAUUUGAUAGUGACUGGGAAACGUGAAAUUAUUCUAUUUUUAUUCAAAACAGUGCAGUGAUAAAAGAAUUGUUAUUUAAGUUAUCUGUUUGGAAUAACAAUGAGUAUCAGUACUCCAACAUCACCAGAUUCAUCCUUAUUAGAUAGUCCAACAAGUCCGUGGAGAACACGACGUUUUUAUAGACGACCACAGAUAGAUUUGUUUACUACAGCAUCUCCAUCACCAACAAAUAUCGAACAAUUUUAUCAAUUCUCAUCAGACGCAGACGGUGGUGACGACACUGUGUCACCACAAAGUAUAACUAGUACAACUGGCGGUGGUAAUGGUACCAGUUUACUAGAUUCUGAAUAUGAAUAUCCAAUUGUAUACGAACGUGUUACAGAACCAAGGAAUCAUCGAUGUCGUAAUGAAAAACGUGUUAUUGAAAAAAUUGGUUGUGAUAAUGUAAUAUCAAUUAAAAAUAUCUCACGUAUGAAAUCUGUACGAUAUUUAAAAGAUAUAGUGAACACAAUAAUUGAUAGUCGAUGGCGUUGGACAUUAUGGAUAUUCAUUUUAACAUAUUUUGCAAAUUGGAUUGUAUUUGGUAGUUUAUGGAUGCUAUUACCAAAUAAAAAACAUGAAAAUAUUUAUAAUUCAAAAAAUAAUACAUAUGUACAAUAUGAACGUGAUUGUUUUAUUGGCACUGAAACAUUUACAGCAUACUUUUUAUUAGCAGUUGAAACACAAACUACAAUUGGUUUUGGAAAUCGUAAUGUUACGCAUUACUGCUUUGAUGCGAUAUUAAUAUUAUGUUUGCAAAUGUUAACAUCAAUUUUGAUAAAUGGAGCAUUUUUAGGUGCUGUAUAUGCAAAAAUGAUACGUCCAAUUAAAUACAGUCGAACACGAAUAUUUAGUAAAUAUGCUGUGAUUUCCCAACGUGAUGGAAAAUUAUGUUUUAUGUUUCGUGUAUGGGAUAUAAAUCACUCACAUAUUAUUGGUACGAAGAUUCAAGCAUAUUUUAUCCGUACACAUAAAACACAAGAAAAUGAAUUAUUAAAAAAUUAUAUGAUUGAUAUGAAAAUUGAGUCGCAUGGUUUAUUGAUCUGGCCAUUAACAAUUGUACAUAUAAUUGAUGAAAAUAGUCCUUUAUAUGAUAUGUCAGCAAAGGAUUUAUUAACAAAAAGAUUUGAAAUAAUAGUAGUAUUAACUGGUUGCUCUGAAUCAACAUCACAAACAUCACAAAUGCGUACAUCAUAUUUAUCAAAUGAAAUAUUAUGGGGACAUCGUUUAAUACAAUGUACUGAAUACGAUAAUCGUAAACAGGCGUUCAUUAUUGAUCACAGAAAAUUUCAUCGUACGUUGCCAAUUAACACACCAUUAUGUAGUGCAAAAUAUUUAAAUAAUUUUAUUAAUACUUUAAAA